AUGGAUGAGAAAAAUCGUUUGAUAAAAACCGGAAAACUCCAUAAAAUAGUUCAAAGACUUCAAAAUACACAAGAUCCGACAAAUUUGAACAAUCCAGUGCCACUGAAUGUUCCAGAACAAGAAGAGCUGAAAGUAUCAAAAGAGGAAGAACAAGAACAAGAAAAUAACCAGAAUCUUGAGAAUCCGAAUUCUAGAAAACGAAGAGCUGAAAACCAAGAAGACCCAAGUACUCCAUCAACCUCAGCUGCUGGACCAUCCGGAACAUCUCCUCCUGCUGGUCCCAAAGAUUUCAAAACACUAAUAACAAAACUGGAAAACAAAAUCCACGUACCAGAUGAAUUAAACAUUGCCGAACUAGUCACAAACUACAAAUCAUGGGCGAAACGAAAUAAUUUACUAGACUUGGUGCAUUUUGCAUCCAAAGUUUUUGGAUUCAGACUUCGUCCAACUUAUGAGGACAAGUUGGAACAGAACUUGAAACAGCAGCGGCCAAUUUCUAGAUUCGACAAACAAAUUUACUUGAGGAUUUACAAUUUUCUUAAUGACCCGGAACUUUGUGAUAAGGAUCGAUUAAGACUGAAUGAGUUUAGUAAUAAGGAAAUCCGAAAGUUUCGAGCUGAAGCGAUCAAUAUACAAAAUAUCGCUUUCAACAAAUUCAAAGCACGCCAAGAGGAAAUUAACGGAAUAACAUUGGAAGAAGUCAAAAGAAGAUUAAGAAAAGAGGUCAAUUUGGAAGGAAUCGACUGUUUAGGAUUUGUGCAAGAAGCCAAAGUUUCGACCGUUGGACGUUGUACUGCGAGCGAAUUUGCGAAUGCGAUAUGUGGAGUGGUUAAACAUUUUGAAUGGCAUGUUCUCGAGAAGAAAAUAAGGGAUUCGAAGCCACUAUCGGACCACAGGAAAUUUGUGAUUUCUAGAAUGCAUAAUUGGAUGAAUGAGUUUACGGAUGACGAGAAAGACAAAUUUUGA